UCGGCUUAUUUACAUCUGCCGUUGAAAUAUAUGAAUUUUGAAGUUUCACGAGUUGUGAAAGAGAAAAAAAGAGAACGAUUGAGAUCUAAAGUAUAUAUAAUAAUGGAUCUAAAGACCAAGCAAAUGAGGAAGCUACUGGAACUUCUACAACAGCAGAUAAACAAGCUGCAUUCGUUGUUAAUCAAUGUUUCUAUUAAUUCAUCCGAAAUUUUGGUUACAAAAUCAGCAAUCAUUGAACAACUGCAUUCUUUAAUUCAGAGAUUUAAGAGUUUAGCAAAUAAUGAUAAUUAUGAUCAUGAAGAAACAAACAUAAAGUUUAUUGAUACAAUGACAAAUUCAAAACAUAUUUCUCGAUUGAAGGAUAUUGAUGAGAUUAUUAAAGAUAUUAAGAACAAUGAUAUUGAUAAACAUACAACAGAUUUAUUGCUCAAUAAUUUUACAUUAGCUUUGCAAACUUUAGAAGAUUUAGAAUGUUUGCCAUUAAAACAAAGAUUUCAAGAUUGUCUGGAUUAUGUUCGAGAAAUGAGCAUAGCAAAUGAGAUUGAGGAUCUUCAAAAUAUAAAAGAACUGGGUACUUCAAUAUUGGAGGUACUUGAACCAUUACAAAAAUAUAGAAGAAGUUUAGUGUCUACUUUUUUAUCAGAAAAGCUGGCUCUAUAUUCCUCUCAACUAUGUACAUCAUUUGAGAUGCUAGUACAAUUGGCACAGGAGCAACAUCGGUUAAAUGCACCUAUUUAUGCUUGCAAGAAGUAUAUUUGUGAAAGAAUAUGCACUUGUUGUGAAAUGAUUUUGAACUUAUUGAAUGGUGCCAAUCCAUUAUUGGAAGAGGAAGCUUACGAGAAGGAGAAUCAUUUUGUCUAUAGAAUGGAUUUAGCAUUAGACAUUAUAUUAGAAAUGUCAAGCAAGACACAUCAGGAGCAAUUAUCUGAAUGUGCAGAACUAUGGUUGAGACUGGAAGAUGUUUUUUCUCAUGCUAUGGCAAUUACCCAAGUGUGUCAAUUGUACAAUUUUGAAGCCAUAACUGGAUCAUGUCAGUCUAUAGUAACGGAAUAUGAGAAAUUAAAGCAGCAAUUACUAUCGGAAACACCAGAUCCAGCGUUAAAUAACUUGUUCAUGCACACCUUGACCGAUGCUCUUUAUCGUUUAGAACGUAAAGUCAAUAUAGCAGUAUUGACACUCGCGAUGGAGGUGUUUAGCAAUCCUUAUGCAGCUUUGAGGAAACUCGUUAUGACAUGCGGAAAUUCGUUAAGCGCAAAAACAAGAUCCAAAAAUGAUCUAAAAAAUCUUAUAGAAGAUUUUGAUCAGCUUUUUGAUCAAACUAUGCAAAUUGGAAUAUUUGCUAUUGCUUGUUGCAAGGACAUGAAUCGUAAUAAUAAAAUUCGCAAUUGCCUCGCCGGAUUCGAAUCCUUAGAGACGGAAUUAAUUUCUGCCAUAACUUCCUUCUACUUGCAUCCAGAUAAUAAAGAAAUGCGUUCUAGUGUCAAACUAUUGACUACACAGUGGCAACGAGAAAUGAACAAAUUUCAAACUGCUGUAAACUUUAUUAUAAAUUCAGCUGCCUUUUGUGAAAUAGUUAUGGACAGUCUUCAAGAACGUAUAACGGCAAUUUCGGACUACCUAGAUAACAGACAACCAGUAAAACAACUUCAGGUACAAGGCAUUGUUCAACGUGCUUCGGCUUUAUCGAGUCAAGUAACAACUAUUAUAAAUGAUAUUGGCAUUGAGAAUAUUGAUCGUCAUACAAUAAUGAUGACAAGAGAAUUAAAAGCAGCUAUAUUUGAAGCCAAUAAAGCUGCCAAGACUCUCCUGAUUGAAAAUGCCACAGAGCCUCAGCAAUUGCGAGUGAUAAAACGGUGCGAAUUAAUAUUGAAUGUAGUUCAAAGAUUACAACCUGCUCUAUCCAUGAUCAUGAACAGUACUAUACAAGAAAAAUCUGUAAGAACUCAAGGAGAUUCUAGUCGAGGUAUUAUUUCAAAUACUAUCAAUUUUCCAUCCACAAUUUAUGGUUUGCCGCACGAUGAAAAUAAUACAGUUUAUAUCAGAACACCCUACACAGUAAAAGCGUAUAAAUCGCAGGUGUCCAUUCAACCAGCAAAUAGCAUAAUGCAAAAAUCAUCGGGUUUAUCAUACUUGAUACCCUAUAUAAAAAAUGGUCGUAUUUUGCGCAGCGAGCAUUCCAUCAUGUAUAAUACACCGCAUAAAAAUAAAGAUACAAUGGAGUCAAUUGUUAAGAGCGAUAUAUCUCUUAGGAAUUUAUCUAGUAUUAGACAACAUCUUUUUAGUAGAGAUAGUUUUAAAGUUCACACUAACAUUGAUAUAUCUGAAGAUAGUAUGGAUUUAACAGCUGUCUUAGAGAAGAUUACUUUGCUAUCUUCAUCAGGACAUGCAACAUUUUCAUCUUGCAAAUCCUUAAAAGUACAGAAUGUAUCUUCUGAAAGUGCAAAUAAAGAAAUUGUUUCUAACACAAUCGCAGAAAAAUUAUCUGGAACUGUUAAACAAGAAACAGAAAAUUGUGCAAAUAAAUCUACGAUAACAGAGAAGGUGGGUGAUUGUACCAUAUCUGGUGGCGGUGAUGCAUCUUUGGUCAUGAAGACCUGUCAAAAGCUUAAUAAUGUUCAACUUUCAAGUAAUAAGAUUCAAAAAUCGACAUUAGAAAAACACGAAUUAUGAAAAAAGAAUAUUUUGGAACAUUAGACAUUAAUGUAAUUUUUGUUAAUUAUAAAGAGUAUUUAAGUAUUAUUAUAAUAUUAUAACAUGUAAUUUGUAUUAACAUGUAAUUAAGCAUGAUAAAGUGAACAUGAAUAUUGUAAUGUCAAUUUCAAUAUAUGAUGACUAAAUCUAACAAAAUUUAAAUUGAAAAUUGUAUAAAUGUUGAAUUUUAUAAAAAUUUAAUUGUGUUUAUAUGUG